AUGAAGCGCCUCCUCCCGCUCAGGCCAUCGGCAAUGGGUUUACACCAUUCUUCCUCCUCCCGCUCGGGCAUAGCCUGGGUGCUGCUGCUGCUCUGCCUGUGGACGCUGUCGUUCAGAGCACACGGAGGAGGACCUCGCAAGCUCUACAUAGCAUAUCUAGGUCAUGUGAAGCAUGGACAUCCCGACGAUGUGGUGGCCUCGCACCAUGAUCUGCUCACCACUCUUCUCGGAAGUAAGGAAGGGUCUUCGGCAUCCAUGGUGUACAACUACAAGCAUGGCUUCUCAGGGUUCGCCGCCAUGCUCACCGCAGAUCAAGCAAAACAACUUGCAGAGUUUCCGGAAGUAAUCAGUGUCCAACCGAGUAAAAGGCACACGCCAACCACUACACGGAGCUGGGACUUUCUUGGGCUCAACCACCAGAUGAUGGGCAGUGAUAUGCUCCACGGAAGCAACUCUGGAGGAGAGGACGUGAUCAUCGGGGUGAUUGACACCGGGAUCUGGCCCGAGUCGAGAAGCUUCAGCGACUCAGGGUACGGGCCGGUGCCAUCAAGGUGGAAAGGGAAGUGCCAGGUCGGACACGACUGGGGCAGCAAAAACUGCAGCCGCAAGAUCGUCGGUGCACGGUUCUAUAGCGCGGGAGUUCCUGACCAGUUCCUCGAGACAGACUCGCUCUCACCCCGGGACCACAACGGUCACGGCACACACUGUGCGUCCACUGCGGCGGGUUCGGCCGUGGAGGCGGCCAGCUUCCACGGCCUAGCCAAGGGUGUCGCUCGCGGAGGCGCACCGCGUGCUCGCAUCGCGGUGUACAAGUCCUUCUGGGGCCUUGGCUUUGGGAACACAGCGACCGUGCUGGCGGCCAUCGACGACGCGAUCCAUGACGGAGUGGACGUGUUGUCGAUGUCCUUUGGUGUCGACGAGAACUCGUUCGGCGUCCUGCACGCAGUCCAGAAGGGGAUCACCGUCGUGUAUGCGGGGGGUAACGAGGGGCCAAGGCCACAGACGGUCAGGAACGGUGCGCCGUGGGCUAUCACCGUUGCGGCAAGCAAGAUUGAUCGGUCGUUCCCGACGAUGAUCAUGCUGGGAAACAAACAAGAGAUAGUGGGACAGUCUCUCUAUUACCGAGGGAAGAAUUCGUCAAUGAGCAGCAGUGGUUUCAAAGGUCUUGUGGUUCCAGUGAGUUGUGACAUGGAUAUUCUCAGUGGCACGGACGUGAAAGGGAAGAUCCUGUUCUGCACCAUGCAGCCAAGCGAUCAAGAUGUGUUCCAGCAGGCGGCACAGUACGUUCAAGAUGGCCGGGGGUCUGGCGUCAUCUUCGCCCAGUAUACCACGGACCUAAGCUUCACAGCACUAGAUGUCUGCCAGGGCAUAGCCUGCGUUCUCGUGGACCUUGACAUCGGAAAGAAAAUCGCCAGCUACAUGGACGACGCAAGCUCUCCCAUGGCGAAGAUCGAACCGGCGCGCACCGUCACGGGGAAAGAGAUGCUGGCACCAAAAGUGGCGAUGUUCUCCUCAAGGGGUCCGUCGCCUGAUUACCCCGCCAUUAUCAAGCCUGACAUAGCGGCACCUGGAGUCAACAUCUUGGCGGCAAAGGAAGAUUCAUAUGCAAUUUUGUCCGGGACGUCGAUGGCAGCCCCACAUGUAGCAGGCGUUGCUGCCCUGCUGAAAGCUCUACACCCAAACUGGUCUUCUGCUGCAAUCAAAUCAGCCAUCGUCACUACCGCCCAUAUAACCGAUGAGCACGGCAUGCCGAUACUAGCGGAAGGGCUGCCUCGGAAGAUUGCCGACCCGUUCGACUAUGGAGGCGGCAACAUCAACCCUCGUGGGGCGGCUGAUCCGGGCCUGGUUUACGACAUUGAUCCACAAGAUUACGACAAAUACUUCCGCUGCACCAUCGUCAAGAGGGCCUCCGUGCACUGCAACACGACAGGAAUGCUACUUGCGUACCACCUGAACUUACCGUCCAUCUCGGUUCCCAACCUAAGGAGUCCGAUCACCGUAUCAAGGACGGUGACAAACGUUGGGGAUGUCGAUUCCGUGUACCAUGUAGAAAUCCAGAGCCCUGUCGGAGUAAGGAUGGAGGUUGAUCCGCCUGUACUAGUGUUUGAUACGAAGAACAAGGUUCGCACGUUUCGAGUGAAACUGUCCCCAGUGUGGAAGCUACAAGGGGAUUACACUUUUGGUAGCCUUACAUGGGGUAAUGAUCGGAAGGUGGUGAGGAUUCCAAUUGCGGCCCGGAUUACAAUUCAGGAUUUCUAUGCGGAUGUUGCAUAG